AUGAUUGUGAGGGUUUGGUGUGAGGGGUUUGAUGGGGGGGGGGGUUUUUGGUUGGUGGUUGGGGGGGGAGGUGGGGGUGUGUGUGGUUUGAGGGGUUUUUUGUGUGGUUUGGUUUUGGGGUUGGUAUGUGGGGUGGGGGGGGGGGUGGGGUGUUUAUUGUUGUGUUUGGUUGUUGGGGGUGUUGGUGUGGAGUUGAGUUUGGGGGGGUUAUGUUGGGUUGUUUAUAUUUUAGUGGUUGUGGUGGGUGGGGGGGUGGGUGGGGGGGGGGUGGAGGGGGGGGGGGGGGGGGGGGGGGGGGGUUGUGGGGGUUAUGGGGAUUUUUUUUAG